AUGGAUGGAAGUGGAGACAUUGUAGUACAGGUUCGCCAAGAUAAUGAACCGCGAAUGACAAAAAAGUCCCUGCGAAAAAUCUGCACGGACAACAACUUGUAUGUAACGCCGCAUUUAAAUGAUGUUUUGUAUCUACAUUACAAAGGCUUCAGUAAAAUAGAGAACCUAGAAGAAUACACUGGGCUGAAAUGUCUCUGGUUGCAAAAUAAUGACAUUGAGAAGAUUGAGAAUCUCGAAAAUCAAACAAAUUUGAAAAGUCUUUUUUUGCACUACAAUUUAAUUGAGAAAAUCGAAAAUUUGGAAGUGCUUCAGGAGUUAGAUACUGUGGAUCUGAGCCACAAUUCAAUCCGAAAAUUAGAAACUAUAGACGCUCUGCCAGUGCUUGACUCUCUGUACAUAACACAUAACAAGCUUCAAACAGUUGAAGACAUAGAAAUUCUGACAAAAUGUAAGCAGCUGAGUGUUUUGGACUUGUCUUUCAAUCAUUUGGACAGUCCCGACAUUGUUAAUGUGCUUGGUGCCAUGGAAAACCUUCGAGUUCUUACUCUGACAGGAAACCCUGUACUCAAACAGCUUUCUCCAUACAGAAAGUUAAUAAUAAUAAACUGCAAACAUUUAUUACAUCUAGAUGAACGCCCGGUAUUUGAUAAAGACAGAGCAUGCACAGAAGCAUGGUUUGCAGGUGGGGAGGAAGCAGAGAAGAAACUAAUGGAAAAAUUUAUACAAGAAGAUAGAGAUGUAUGCCUAAGAAGUGCUUUGGAACUUAUACAAAUGCGCGAUAGGAAAAUUGCAGAGAGGGCUGCACAACUAGCCGAUGACACACUACAGUGUGUUUCAUUACUGUUUUCAGAAUAUUCCCAGUUACCCUACACACCAUUACAAAUUACAUCCAGUCAUUCUAAUGAUGUCAAAAGUAACUACACAAAUGCUGAGAAAACUGGGGAAAGUGUUCAAGACCUUGGAAAGCUAACAGUGCUAAAAGAGACUCACGAUGCAGAGCCCUCACAACAUGCUGCCUCUGAGAACAACAGCUGUGAAUUUAGUUUGAAUGUCAUUACUGCUGGGGAUAAAAGCACCAAUGAAAGCUACAACAAAGAAACUGCACUGCUUAGAGAACAAGAAAAUCUUGAUAAUUUAGGACAAUGUGAAUUAGAAACAGAUAACAAUUGUAAAAAUACACCUGAAGUGGAUGGAUAUAGAACCUGUGUGCAUGAGAGAAUUAAAAUACAUGACACUUGUGUAAACAACACAGAUUGUACACAGACUCAGGCAGAAAAUAAUGGCAGGGAUAGUCUAGUUUGUCUUACUCAUCAUGACCAUCAAAUAUUCUUUUCUUCAGUUUGUGGCCAGAAGGUCUCUGUACCCACUGAGCAGCAAAUGUUGUACAAUGCGUACACAGACAACACAGUGGAAAAACAGGAGGAGAGUGACAGUGGUACUAGAGAACUUUACCUAGAGAACUUUACCUACGACAAUUGUGAAAAUGCAAUAGCUUGUGACUGCAGAACAGAAUAUGCUGUUAAAUGUAAUGCAAAAAUAACUGCUCAUGGUCUUUCAAGUGCCAAACAAUUUACAGUACACAAAGCAGCAAAAAACAUAGCAUGCAACCUAAGCACUUCCUCAACUGAAAACAAUAGCUGGAAUAAAGAAAAAGAGCUUGCAUUGCAUGACAGAGAGAGAAUGGUGCUUGACAAGCAGAUGCAACCAGACUGUUUAAACACUGGGGUGCUGCAAAAUGAAGGUGAAAAGAGCCCCCAGUCUGACUGUUAUAACACAGAUUUAAUUCACAAAGCAGUUGCACCAACCUCUGAGGAAAAUCUGUUAAUAUACAAUGGGAAUAAAUUAACAGGUGUAGACAUGGCAGAACGAUUAUUAAGUCAACAAUCUGCAUACAAUCCUCAAGAAGAUAAUAUUGUAGAUGAUCAUGGUGAUGAUAGAACACUGGGUUUGGGGAACAGUAAAGAUGAAACUGUUGUGCUACAGAAACAAUAGGUUCAGAUUGUGUUUCUUCAUUUAGUUAUGGACAACAUGUUGCAGGAACCAAAUUUUUCACUGCACAUCUGUUACUUAUGAUGGGUGCAUACCAAGUGAAACGAGAAACCUCAUAAAACACAAUGUGCCAAUUGUAAUUAAUGUAUAUCCAACUGAUGAAUUUGCUCUUACCUUACAUGAGAAAGCAGAGGUUUCUGAAUCAGACUAUUCUGUCUUCUCAUUAAAUAAAGAAAGACAUAUAUGAAAGUGACCCAGAAAGCUACUAAUGUAACAGAUCCUACCAAGAAUCUAGCACUGCUCCCUCUAUCAAAAAAUGUAUGCAAGAAGACAAUCUCAGUAAUCAGCCUUAGAUUUUUGGAAAUACUGCAAUUAGUGCCAAACCAUUUGAGUAGUCCAACUAUCAUAAUGACAGUAAGUUGUAAUAAAAUAUAGAGUGUAACUAUUCAGAUUUGGCUUCACAUUAAACCCACAUAUUUUUGGACAAAGAAACAAAAAAUAACUGAAAAUACAUAAUAUA